CAAAUAUUCUCAUCCAAACUACUACACAAACACUUUCGCUCAUUGCGCAUUCAGUAGCCAACAUGGCUGCUACCGCUGUUGCUAUCGAGAAUAUCGAUGGAGGCAAGGCCUCUGAGAAUACCCUCAAAAUCGAAAAUACCGAAAAACGCGACACUCUCAUUGCCGCUGAGAAGAAAUACCAGAAACUAUGGGCCGAAUCCCGCGUAUUCGAGACAAAUGCUCCUACUACCGCCGAAGUCCCUUUCCACUCCGUUGAGCCCGCCGCUCUUCGCGAUCAACAGCCCAAGUUCAUGGGAACAAUGGCCUACCCUUACAUGAACGGCGUUUUGCACGCGGGUCACGCGUUCACGAUUUCGAAAGUCGAGUUUUCGACAGGUUAUGCUCGUAUGCAAGGCAAGAGGGCGCUUUUCCCUCUAGGUUUCCAUUGCACGGGUAUGGCCAUCAAGGCGUGCGCAGACAAGCUCGUUCGCGAGGUCGAGUUGUUUGGUAAGGACUUUGAGGGCUACAAAGAGGAGGAAGAAGCUCCUGAGGAGAUCCCUGCACCUACACAAUCCGAGACCAAGACCGAUAUGUCAAAAUUCUCCUCCAAGAAGAGCAAGGCCAAUGCGAAGAACCUCAAGGCCAAAUACCAGUUCCAGAUCAUGCUUGCGCUUGGUAUUCCAAAGGACCAAAUCCACCGAUUCGCAGAUGCAUACUACUGGGUGGAUGUCUUCCCUGAGCUAGGCAAGCAGCACCUUUCAAAGUUCGGUCUCCGUAUCGACUGGCGAAGAUCAUUCGUCACCACCGACGCAAACCCAUACUACGACUCCUUCGUACGAUGGCAGAUGAACAAGUUGAAGGAACUUGGCAAGAUCAAGUUCGGAAAGAGAUAUACAGUAUAUUCGCCAAAGGAUGGACAACCUUGCUUGGACCAUGACCGAAGCUCUGGUGAAGGUGUUGGGGUUCAAGAAUACACAGGUAUCAAGCUGAAGGUUUUGGAAUGGCCAGAGAAGGCUAAGAAAUUGAUUCCGAGCUCCCUUGAUGGUGCCAAUGUCUAUUUCGUUGCUGCCACUUUGAGACCCGAGACAAUGUACGGCCAAACUUGCUGUUUCGUGUCUCCUAAGAUCAAGUAUGGCAUCUUCAAGGCUACCGAAGGAGAAUACCUAUUCCUUUCCGACCGCUCUGCUCGCAACUUGGGAUUCCAAGGCCUCUUCCCUGGCUGGGGUCCUCUUGAAAAGGUCGCCGAGAUCCUCGGAUCGGAAGUUAUUGGCACGGUCAUCAACGCACCUUUGUCCGUGCACAAGACUGUCCGCAUUCUUCCCAUGGAGACUGUGAAGGCGACCAAAGGAACAGGUGUUGUUACCUCAGUUCCUUCCGACAGCCCAGAUGAUUACGCAACAGUGACGGACCUUGCCAAGAAGGCGGACUACUAUGGCAUCGAGAAGAGCUGGGCAGAGCUUGAGAUCAUACCCAUCAUCAGCACACCCAAGUAUGGCGACCUCGUGGCUCCUACUCUUGUGCAAAAGCUGAAGAUCAACUCGCCUAAGGAUGCCAAACUUCCUGAGGCUAAGGAGGAGGCGUACAAGGAGGGUUUCUACCAUGGUACGAUGAUGGUCGGUGAGCACAAGGGUCGCCCCGUCUCUGAGGCGAAGGAGCUGGUCAGAGAGAGCUUGAUCGCUUCUGGUGAUGCUUUUGCUUAUGCUGAGCCUGAUGGUCAGGUCAUCAGUAGAUCUGGCGACGAGUGCGUGGCCGCCCAUCUCGAUCAGUGGUAUCUCAACUACGGUCCUACCGAAAAGGGUGGAGACGGAGAGUGGUGCAACCAGGUUCUUGGCCAUCUCAAGGACGGACUCAACACAUUCUCACAGGAGGCCAAAAACCAGUUUGAGCAGACACUCGGCUGGCUUAGUCAAUGGGCAUGCGCCCGUUCUUACGGCUUGGGCUCGAAGCUUCCUUGGGAUCCCAAAUUCCUUGUUGAGUCUCUUAGUGACAGUACUAUCUACCCUGCUUAUUAUACCAUCGCACACUAUCUACACAAGGAUCUCUUCGGAAAGGAGCGCGGUCUUGGAAAUGUUGGACCAGACCAAAUGACUGAUGAGGUUUGGGACUAUGUUUUCGCUAGGAAGUCUGAGGUCAAGACCGAUAUCAGCAAAGAAACUUUGGAAUCCAUGCGCCGCGAGUUCGAGUACUUCUAUCCCCUUGACCUCCGUGUCUCUGGUAAGGAUCUGAUUCAGAACCAUCUUACCUUCUUCCUGUACAUCCACGUCGCCCUUUUCCCUAAGGAAUUCUGGCCCCGUGGUGUUCGCCCCAACGGACAUUUGCUCCUGAACGGCGAGAAGAUGAGCAAGAGUACUGGUAAUUUCUUGACUCUGAGCGAAGCCAUCGACAAGUUUGGUGCCGAUGCUACCAGACUGGCGAUUUCUGACGCUGGAGAUGCCAUCGAGGAUGCCAACUUUGAGGAGAGCGUCGCAAACAGCACGAUUCUUAAGCUCUUCGAGUUGAGGAAAUGGUGUGAGGAUAUGAUUACUGAUAUCCAGCCUGUGGAGACCGUUGAGCAAUUCAGGGCGGCACGCGACGAGAAGCGAGUCAAGAACAUUGACACCAUCCAGAGGACUGGAGAGCUCGGCUUCUGGGAUCGCCUCUUCGCAAACGAGAUGGCUGCUCUCGUCCAUGAAACCAAGGAACACUACGAUGGUAUGCUGUACAAGAACGCCACCAAGUCAGGCUUCUACGAUUUCACUUCAGCCAGAGACUUCUACCGUGAGGUCACCAAGGCUGCAGGAAUCGGACUUCACCGCGACCUCGUUCGCCAGUACGUCGAGCUCCAAGCGCUCCUGAUCACGCCGCUCGCACCUCACUGGGCAGAGUACAUCUGGCUUGAGGUUCUCAAGAAGCCCGAGACCAUCCAGAAGGCUCUGUGGCCCACGGUCCCCGCUGUCGAUGCCGGCCUCAGUGCCGCACGAACCUACGUUCGCGCCACCAUGUCUGGUAUCACCUCCGCUGAGGCCAACCAGCUCAAGAAGCUGGCCAAGGGCAAGACCGCCACAUACGAUCCCAACGCCGACAAGGUCAUCACCAUCUACUACGCAAAGUCAUUCCCAGCCUGGCAGGACAACUACAUGAAGAUCAUCCAGGAGGCCUUUGAGAAGCUUGGCGUCGUGGAGGUCAAGGAAGUAAGCAAGAGUGUCGACAAGAAGGACAUGAAACGUGCUAUGCCCUUCAUCCAGGGCGUCAAGAAGCGCCUCGAAGGCGGUGAGCCUAGCUCCGAGGUCUUCGACCGCAAGCUGCCGUUCGACGAGGCUGCAGUACUCGCAGAAAUGGUCCCCGCCAUCAAGCAGACCGUCAGGAAGUGCGGUGAGGUCGCCAUCGUUGCUGUGGAGCCUGGCCAGAACGCUGAGGGUCUACCACCUUCCGCUGAGAGUGCUGUCCCCGGUAACCCGGCAUUCUAUUUCCAGAACUCAAAGGCAUAAACGUAGGUGGGGGUUUGGAUCAUUUCUUUCCGGCGCUGAUAGGCUUAAAAGACCCAAGGGGGAAAUUGGGUAUGUUUGGUUUACAUUCAAUGAAGGUCAAUGAUACUUCUGAUGUCCUGAAGACGCGGAUGAUAUAGACGUUUUCUGUGACUGGACCAUUCGACGAUAUCUUACAAAAAGAACAACGUUGCAAUGCAUGUAGGUAGUGUUCUCCAAGAACGGUUCAGAUAUACUCGCAUGACUCGUUGUAGCACUACGAUAGAAUAGCAAAAGACCACAGUUCAAUUAU